AAAAAUAUUGGGACAAUAAGAAAACAAUUUUCUGUUGAAGUGAAAAUCAUUAAUAAUGUCCGAAAAAGCAACGAAUUCGAUUAUUACUUCAAAAACAGUUAAUUCCAACUAUGCUCUAGAUGCUAAUCGAUGGAUUCUUAAAAUAUUAGGUGUUUGGCAGUUUGCGAUAGAUUCAUCAUUCUUUUACCGAGUUAUCGCGCUCUGUCACAUUAUAAUUUGUACAUUUCUCUUGUCAUUUGUUAUUAUACCGGGUAUACUUUUUAUUUUUGUGAUUGUAAAAGAUGUAACGACGAGACUUAGAAUUAGUGGAGUUUUUAGUUUUUGUGUUAUGGGAGUGAUAAAGUAUUAUUAUUUAAUUAAAAGUAAUAAACAAAUCGGAAAUUGUAUAAAACAGUUCAAUUCUGAUUGGGAACAGAUAAAUGAUAUUAACGAUAAAACAAUUAUGGUAAAAUAUGCUCGCUUUGGUCGUAAUAGUUCGAUUAUUUGUGCUGCCUUUAUGUAUGGCAGUUGUAUGUUUUAUGCAUGUGUAUUACCUCACGUGUCUGGAGUUUUCAAAAAUAAAAAUGAUCCAACUGAACGAACAUUUGCUUAUCCUUGUCAUUUCAUAGUAUUUGAUCAAUAUGAAAGCCCAGCUUAUGAAAUUGUAUUUUCAAUUCAUUGUUGCUGUGCUUUUGUAUUAGCUUCGAUCUCGAAUGCAGCGUGUAAUCUCAUCACGGUAUUAAUUACACACGCAUGUGGACAGUUGGAAAUUUUAAUGGUGUGGCUUAAAGAUCUUGAUAGUUUUCACCAAAAUGAAGUAUAUGCUGAAAAAUAUUCGAAAAUUAUUAAACAACAUGUCAAAACAAUUAGAUUUAUUAUCAAAAUUGAAAAUUUAUUCCAACAAAUUUGUUUCAUCGAAGUCGUGGGAUGUACUUUAAUCAUAUGUCUUGUAGGAUAUUAUGUUUUACUCGAUUGGAAUCAAAACGAUACUGGAGGCAUGACAACGUACGUAAUGCUUCUUAUAUCAUUCGUAUAUAAUAUUUUUUUGUAUUGUUACGUUUGUGAAUUACUUACUGCAAAGUGUAAGUUAAUAAGCGAAUCGACAUAUUUGACUCGAUGGUAUCAAAUUCCUGAACAUUAUGCUCGAGGAUUGAUAUUGACUAUUGCAAUAUCUCAAAAUUCUACUCCAAUGAAAGCCGGAAAAUUAAUACCUCUGUCAAUAAAUACUUUCGGCACGGUGAUGCGGACAUCAGUGGUAUAUCUCAAUUUUCUACGAAAAUUAAUGGAAUAUACUGACAAUACUCAACUUGAUGCGGACAUAGAAUACAAUUUAAAAUUAACAAAAUUUAUCCUCAAACCUUUGGGUGUGUGGUCCAUAGUUAUAAAAGAUUAUAGAUUUAUUAGCAAAUUGUCAUCAGUUUUUAUAAUUAUAUUAAACUCAUUUAUAAUGUUUAUAACUUUUAUGCCUUGUUGUGUACAUAUGAUAUACAAAGAAACUGAUCCAGCAGUAAAAAUUAUAUUAAUGGGACCAUUUGGUUUUUGUCUUACGAACUGUUGUAAAUAUUAUUUCAUUAUUUUUCGUUCCAAUAUCAUUACACAUUGUUUAGAAAAUCUUAAAAGUGAUUGGGCUAGACCAAAAACAAAGCAAGACCGACUAGAAAUGAUUAAAAAUGUCAAUAUUGGGCAUAAUAUUACGAAACUUUGUGCUGUAUUUAUGUUUUCUGGAGGUGUGUCAUAUCAUACAAUAAUGCCAAUUUGGAGUGGUAGUACAGUGAAUGAAGCCAACGAAACAAUCAGGCCGCUUGUUUAUCCAGGAAAUGAAAUAUUUGUAAACUGCCAAGAAACACCAAUCUACGAAUUCAUUUUUAUUCUUCAUUUAACGUGUGGCAUGGUAAUGCAAACUAUUACGACAGCGGCUUGUCACUUAGCGGCAGUAUUUGCUAGUCAUGUAUGUGGACAAGUGGACAUAUUAAAAUCACAAUUACAAAAUCUUGUAGAUAAAGAAAGUCUGAUGAUAGAUGGUACUAUCGAAAACCGGAUUGCAUCGAUUAUACAAAGUCAUGUUAGAAUUUUAGAUUUUUCAACAAAUAUAGAAAAAAUGUUACGUGAAAUUUGUCUCGUCGAAGUAGGGGCAUCAACUCUUAUCAUAUGCUUACUUGAGUACUACUGCAUGACUGAAUGGAGCAAUAGUGAAACAAUAAAUAUUCUGACGUACUUAAUGUUAUUAGUAGCGUUAAGCUUUAAUAUUUUUAUAUUUUGCUAUAUCGGUGAACUAUUAAAGAAGCAGUGUACUUCGAUUGGAGAAUCAACCUACAUGAUAAACUGGUACAAAAUUCCUAGGAAUAAGGGUAAACAACUGAUGCUCAUUAUUGCUUCAUCGAAUAAUCAACGUAAAUUAACGGCUGGUGGUAUGAUGGAAUUAACUCUUCGCAGUUUUGGCAACAUCAUUAAAACUUCAGUGGCAUACUUAAACAUGCUCAGAACUGUGACUGAGUAAGAAACAUUACCCAU